CCUUCUCUUCCUGUGUUUAUGGGAAGCUAUCACGUGACGUGCCUUUCCUCACUCGGUCGCACGUUGAUGACAUCACAGAGGCGCUUUCCUGCGCGGCGGAGGCGGAAGUGUGGAGGAGAAACAUGGUCUCCCUCUUUCUCCGUCGCUGCUUUAUGCCUAGUUCCAUCUUAGGUUCACGGCACUUGUCGUUGUCUGGUCUUCCUGUUGCCGCCCAGGAACUUCUAGAUGUAGGGUUUAAUGAGGAGCAAGCAGAAAGAAUCCUGGCUCUGAAACCCAGGGGAGGUGACCCACGGCACAUAGUGUCCUGCACUAAAGAAUUGCUCCUCAUUGGACUGACUCCCCAGGCCACACUCAAGAUGUUGGAGGAAAGUAAAGAGCUACGGAAAACAACUGUAAAAGAACUCAGAGACAGGGCUGAUAAUCUUCGUAGCCUUGGGCUGGGAGAAGGGUCCCUGCAGAGAUCUCUCACCAGAUGCCCAGCUCUUCUCUCCCUUCCUCGUUCCUAUGUCCUGGCAGCUGCUAAAUGCCUCAGACAGCAAUGCCGAUUCACAGCUCAGCAGGUGUGCGACAUCCUCCGAUUCUCCCCAGAAGCCCUGACGUAUGACCCCGGCUACCUCGAAGAGGCUUUUCAGUAUGUAUAUUUCCGGAUGGGUGCAAACCACAAAGACAUCAUAACAUGCGGCCUAUUCCAGACGUCACUGGAUGAGGUCAGAGUCCGGCAUCAGUUUCUGGAGCGCUUGGGAAGAUUCCUCCCACCUGAUAAGAAGGGGGUUUCCCCAACCUCUAACCCCAAGCUCAAGGAGGUCAUGGCACUUUCUGACAGUGACUUUUUGGCACGUGUUGCUCGGGUUUCUCCUGAGGAACUCCACACUUUCCGCAAAAUAUUUGCACGGGAGGAGUUGGAGGCUGGAGAAAAUAAGGACAGUGAGACAGGAAUGAACCACACAGACAGCGACGAAGAGGGAGAAAAUACAGACCCUGGGGAUGAAAUUGGAGAAACAGACAAGAAAGAGUAUCUUUAUAAAAGAAUGAAGAAAAGAUCAGCAAAUAGACUUGAGAGACCAUAAACUUCAUCCAUAUGAUUAUCCAGCCUUGUUGCAGCUAAUUAAAGAUUUGCUUUCUCUAUUA